AUGUGGAUUACUUUCUCUCGUUUGGCUAUCACUGCCAGCGUCCUUGCCACGGCUACAGCACUUUCGGCGCAGGACAUUCCAACUGAUCUUCCGGUCUCCUCACUGCUGAGCAACGCGCAGACGCACCUAGCCAGGGGCGAGACCAGCGCAGCCAUUCUCUACUACGAUGCUGCCAUUAUCAGGGACCCGAACAACUACCUGACCAUUUUUAAGCGUGCGACUGCGUUUUUGUCCAUCGGCCGAGCCAACCAGGCAACAGAAGACUUCACCAAAGUGCUGGCUCUCAAGCCUGGGUUUCAGGGCGCCCACGUCCAGCUGGCCAAAAUCAAGUCAAAGGUCGCAGACUGGGAAGGUGCUAAGGCUGAAUAUAUUGCGGCAGAGAAAGCCGGGGACUCUCCCGAGCUUGUUGAAUUGGCGGAGGCGGAGACAGCUGCAGCCGCUGCAGCAGAGGCUUUGAAGAACCAGAGCUGGGAUGACUGCGUCAACCACGCCGGUAUUGCCAUUGUCGUCGCUUCUAGAUCUCUAGCGCUGCGUGAAUUGCGUUCCAACUGUAGGUUCGCGCGUGGUGACAUUGAAGAGGGUAUGGGCGACCUGCAACACGUUUUGCACUUGAGAUCUGGCGACACGUCACCUCAUGUUCUCAUAUCUGCCACUAGCUUUUACGCUCUUGGCGAUCUGGAAAAUGGCUUGUCGCAGAUUCGCAAGUGUCUCCACUCUGAUCCUGAUUCAAAGGUCUGCAAGAAGCUUCACAAGCAAGAAAAGGCGUUUCAGAAGGGCCUCAAUCGGGCUAUGGGGCAACUCAACAGAGGUCAAGCAACAACCGCUGGAAGAACGCUUGUUGGCACGGAAGAAGACGUAGGCUUGAUCACAAUGCUCAAGGAGCAGACAGAAGAGUUACGACAGUCUGGAUCUAUUCCUGAAAAAGCCCCUUCACAAUUGUAUGGCAGGGUAAUUGAAUUGGCCUGCCAUGCUUACUCAGAGGGUAACCACAAAAAUGUUGAGAGAUACUGUGACGAAGCUUUAGAGCUAAACUCGGAGUCAUUCUGGGGCAUGCUUUAUCGAGCGAAAGCUUUGUUGAAGAAGGACGAGUUCGAAGCCGCCAUUAAGACCCUUGAAACCGCCAUUGAACUACACCCCGACAAGCGCGACAAGACUAACCCUGUCAUGAACAAAGCCCAGAUUGCUUUGAAGCGAAGCAAAACGAAGGACUAUUACAAGGUUCUUGGCGUGGCCAGCGAUUCCGACGAGAGACAAAUUAACCAAGUGCUCAGUGACGCGGAGCUUCGUGCCCGAUUCGACAGAGGUGAUGACCCCAACUCACAAGAGAGAGGAAACCCUUUCCAAGGCAGUCCCUUUGGCAACGGCGGCGGACACCCUUUCAUGUUCCAGCAGGGCGGCGGUCAACAGUUCAAAUUCAACUUUCCUGGCGGCGGAGGUCCAUUUGGAUUCUAA